AUGGCCCCCUCGGACCCAACCUACGCCCCCGUCGCUGCCAACGACGCGUCCCCCGACCUCAACGCCUCCCCAAACCCAAACCGUGACUCGGCAUUCGUCGACCCCGAGGCCGCAAACCUUCUUGGCAGGCCCGACUCGACGUUCAUGCCGGCGCCGUCACUGAUGAGCAGGGACUCUACGAGGAACAGUAUCACUUUGGUCGGCGGGUCACCUUCAUUAGGACAGGGCGAUCGCCGAGAUAGUUGGGCGAGUGGAGCAGCUUUGAACCCCAGUGAAGGAGCCCGAGGUAACGCCGGCUCCUCCAACCUUGCCAACUCUGCGCCCUGGGGUGCCAGCAGCCUCAACUCUAGUCGCCUGUCCACCAGUGACGAAGACGACGAACAGGGCCACAUUACCCCUGCCGUGGCUGCCAUUGGGACUGGUCUGGGCGCUGGAGCCGUGGGUGAAAAGAGGUGGGCACAAGUCGGCGAAAACGAAUCGCAGAAAAAGUCGAGAAAAUGGUUAUGGGCCGCUCUCAUCGUUGGAGCGCUGGCUGUCAUCGCAUUGGCUGUUGGUCUUGGUGUCGGCCUUACGCGAAACAACAGCAAGGGCAGUAACAGCAACCUUGCCGCCGAGACUGGUGACAACGGUUCCUCCUCUGCUUCGUCAACUGCGAAUGGCUCCGCUGCCUCUGCCUCUGCCUCUGCUACAUCGUCUGCCGCCACCAGCGGUACCUACGGCUCUCUCAUCACCCUUGAAGACGGAUCGACCAUGACCUACGACAAUGAGUUUGGUGGUACUUGGGUGUGGGACGAGGCCAACCCGUUCAAUAACUCGGCCAAGUGCAACUCGUGGACUCCUGCUCUGAGCGAGGACUGGACAUGGGGCAAGGACAUUGCGUUUGGUGUCAACCUCGGUGGCUGGCUCACCACAGAACCCUUCAUCGUCCCCGGUCUCUACGAAAAGUACGCCAACGGCACUGCCGGUACCGCCGUCGACGAAUACACCCUCUCCCAAAACAUGGGCGACAACCUCACAAAGGCCAUGACCGAGCACUACGAUACCUUCAUCACCGAACGCGACUUUGCAGAGAUCGCUGCUGCCGGUCUCAACUGGAUCCGUUUGCCGAUCGGGUUCUGGUCUAUCGAGACUUGGGAUGAUGAGCCGUACCUCGAGGGUGUCUCUUGGCAAUACGUUUUGAAGGCUAUCAAGUGGGCGCGAAAGUAUGGAUUGAGGAUCAACCUUGAUUUGCACAACGUCCCUGGAUCUGAGAACGGGUGGAACCACUCUGGCCGACUGGGGACGAUCAACUGGCUCAAGGGUGUCAUGGGUCUCGCCAACGCCCAGCGUUCUCUCGACUAUAUCCGCACCAUCACCCAGUUCAUCGUCCAAGAGCAGUAUACCGACGUCAUCCCCCUCUGGUCUUUCAUCAACGAGCCCAACGGCAACGGUAUUGGCAAAGAGGUCAUCGGAAGUUUCUAUCUUGAAGUCCACGACAUGAUUCGAGACAUUACCGGCUACGGUAAAGGUAACGGUCCUCACCUUGCUAUGCACGACGGCUUCCUGGGUGUCUCGAGCUGGUACGACUAUCUCCCCGGUGCGGACAGGAUGGUCUUGGACCAGCACAGUUAUAUGGUCUUCCAAGACCAGCCCACUGGAACCUUGGACGACUUGAAAAAGAUGCCUUGUCAGUGGUGGGCGUCGGGAACCAACACGACUUCCAACACCUUUGGGCCUACCAUCGCUGGUGAGACGAGUGCCGCUUGGAACGAUUGUGGUAAAUGGAUUAACAAUGUCGGUGCCGGGCAGAGGUACGACGGUACCUACGAAGGUUACUCUGACAAGGCUCUCGGGUCGUGUGACUACUGGAACGACUACACCCAGUGGAACCAGAGCACUGUUGAUGCGCUCAACCACUUUAUGCUGGGUACCAUGGACGCCAUGCAGAACUUUUUCUUCUGGACUUGGAAAAUUGGAAACAGUACCGAUGUCGAUGUACCCCAGCCCAACCCCUUCUGGCACUACCGACUCGGUCUCGAACACGGUUGGAUACCCAAGGACCCUCGAACGGCUGCCGGGACCUGUUUGGCGGAUGGUGUGACGGAAAACUCAUUCAACGGUACUUAUGGCCAUGACUGGGUCUAUGGUGCUGAAAAAGGCGAUAUCGCUUCCUCUGACUCUUCUUCUUGGCCCUGGCCUCCUGCCACGUUCACCAACGUCCCCUCUGCCUCCAUGUCCAAGCUUCCCCAAUAUACCCAGACCGGCACCCCCAUCACUGCCUCUGCCCCCACUUUUACCACUCCCGGCUCGUCAGCCACGAUCGACGCCGGUAACGGCUGGGCCAACGCCAAUGCCAACACCCGGUCGGCCUAUGCGGAGAUCAGCGGGUGCAGCUACCAGCCAGAGUACUCUGCUAUGGAUCUCGCGAUCCCGAGCAGUGCUUGUGGCGCGGGCAUCACCCAGGCGGAGAAGAGGUCUGAGGCUGUACCUACCGCUGCGCCUGCUAGGCGAGACUCUUCUAGGAGGUAG